UGUGUGCGUGUCAUGCUUCUCUGUUCUUUCUUCUCUCUGUUUUAGAACGGUGAAGCUUCCUUGUUUGCACUUGCAAAUUCUUCUCCAAAGUCCACUAUAUAAAGCUCCACCACCCCCAACAUCCCCCAUAUUCUCUCAUUUCCCCUCUCUCUCUCUCUCUCUCUCUCUCUCUCUCUCUCUCUUGAAAACCAGAAAAAGAUGAACCAAUCCGCCAUGUUAGUAGCUGAAGAGACCAUCUUUGCUCUGCCUCCUCUGUAUCACCAGCGAAACCAUCCCAACGACGGCGUCUCUGGGCUCAACCCCUGCCUCACCCAAGAGCACUGGGGCGACCUCCCUCUCCAGCUCAACGACUCCGAUGACAUGCUCAUCUACAACUCCCUCCACGACGCCCUCCACUCCGGCUGGUCCCCUUUCGACUCUGUCAUCACCACCGUCCACCCCCAGCCCCGCCCCCUCUUCCACGCCGCUUCCCUCCCCGCCUCCUUUGCCCCCGACGGCCACGCCUUGUUGCUCCACAACACUUUCGCCUCUUACAGCUCCGAGGUCGAGGUCUCCGACGGCUCGGUCAAUUCGGAACGGCGCGAGGGCGACUUCACCGGAGAUUACAGUCUUCAUCGGAGCGCGUUUUGCAAGGGACGCCACUACAGGGGAGUGAGGCAGAGGCCGUGGGGCAAGUACGCCGCCGAGAUACGCGACCCCGCUAAGAACGGCUCCCGAGUCUGGCUUGGCACCUACGAGACGGCCGAGGAAGCCGCUCUCGCUUACGACCGAGCCGCUUACCGGAUGCGCGGCGCCAAGGCCUUGCUCAACUUCCCUCACCGGAUCGGCUCCGGGGAGCCCCCGCCGGUCAGAGUUACCGCGAAGCGCAAGGAGUCCGAGACUAAAGGCGCCACGGUUGGCUCAGCCAAGAAGCCAAAAGGGGCACCGACGGCAGCGGCGGCAGCCAAGGCCGACGGGGAGCGAUUGGAUGCAUUCCCCUUUGGGGUCGUGCUACUGGGCGAGGAGCUACUGGUUAGUUAGGCUCGUUGCAAAAUCCAAAGGAGCGGCGAAAAAAAGAAGGCGUGAGCAAAAGGGUCGGUCUGUUUUGUAAUCCAAACUGAGGACGAGUCUGUCGGUCGGUCGGUCGAUCGGUCGUUCGUUCGUUGAUGAACAGAACCGAUGCCCGAGAUGGCGGCCGACAUAGGUGAACUCAUGUUCCUAUUUCUGCAGGAACAGAGGCAAUGACAUGAACACCAGAUAGUCAUCGCAUCAGAUUGUGUCAUUGUGAAGAAUCAAUGCCCAUCAUCAUCUCACUUUAAGAAGUUA